UCUCUCUGCGUCUUUUCUCUUGGUCCCCAGUCCGGCGACGCUUCAUCUCUAAAAGCAUUAAUAGAAAGUACACCGGAAUCCAGGCGGGGUAGCGGUGGUGCAGCGCAGUUCCCAGGAGCCCUUUCCCGCGUCCAAGAGAGUUCCCUCUCCCCCCGCGGCUGGGGCGGAAUGUGGCGCUCCGGCCCGGGGCGGGGAUGACUUCAUGCGGCCGGAGCUCGGCGGCGGGAGCAGCUGCUGCAGCUGGCAGGUGGGUGGGGGCCGGCGGGCGCUGACCACGCACUCGGCCCCGCGCGGCGCGGGCUGCGGCCUCGGGGCAGCGGACGCGGGGGACAUGCGCUGACUCGGUCCCGGGAAGUUUUCAGAGUUUCUGGGAAGGCCUGGUUUCCCUAAAGGAGUGAUUUGCUGUAGAAGUUUGAAGCACUCAUCAUCUAAAGGGGAAAAAUCCAGUAUAGCCAAUGAAUUAAGGACAAGAAGCUUUCCAGUCAGUCCCUGCUAUGUGGAUAUUUGUUAGCAAUGACUGAUGUGGAAACUACAUAUGCAGAUUUUAUUGCUUCAGGAAGAACAGGUAGAAGAAAUGCAAUACAUGAUAUCCUGGUCUCCUCUGCAAGUGGCAACAGCAAUGAAUUAGCCUUGAAAUUAGCAGGUCUUGAUAUCAACAAGACAGAAGGUGAAGAAGAUGCACAGCGAAAUUCGACAGAACAAAGUGGAGAAGCCCAGGGGGAAGCAGCAAAAUCUGAAAGCUAACACCCCACUCUGACCUUCAGCAACACCUGACAAUGUCUCAAAUCUCCAGGCCUGGCUGGAAAACAUUUGUUUCCAUGAGUGCAAAGGGGCAAAAGAAAAUGGCUGUGCUGCAAUGCAGGCACCUGCUCAUUAUUACGUUAAAAAUGGGGGCAGAGGCUGUGGCUGCAGACAGACUUUUCCCUACCUCUGUCAUUAGCAAUGGUUGAAAAUCAUGUGGCUUGUGUUUGGCCAUCGUUUUUAUAUGGAUCCUUUCACUUGACCAUAUGAUGAAAUGCUUGUAGAGAGUAGCACCGACACUAGAUGAUGAUUCUUCCUGUAGCUCUGGCCCCUCACAAUGUCAGAGGAUUUAAUUGUGUCUAAUCGCAAAGGGUUGAUUGAACCCCAGAGUUUAAAGAUCUCUGGUGCAAGUAUUCACCCAGUAAAAGAACCAUCCAGAAAGCAGUUUUUAGAAUUAUGUAUCUGUGUGUUACUGCUGUGUUCUUCACACUGUUUUGUAUUGUACAAUAUAGAUGCUCAGCACUGCCUCCUACUUUAAUUGCUUAUGAAAAACAAAAAUGAUGUAUGUUACUGUGAAUUUUUAUACCACUCAUUUUUGAAAGGGCUGUCUUUUUUUUUCCUUUUCCAUGCUGUGGUGGUGUACACAGGAUAGAAUACACUUUUUUUAACUCAAUCUUACCCCUCAAUCCUUCUAUGUGGUGAAUUAAGUCUGACAUCUUUAUCAAGACCCCUUUAAUUUCUUAUACAAGCAUUAAGAAAUAGCCGUAAAUGUGAAUAUUAUCUGAAUAUUAACAAACAAUCUGAAUUCAGUCUGUUUGAAAUCUGCACAGACAAGAAUUCAACUGUCAAUUUUGUUUUAUUCCCAUGUGGAGAGCUUUCCCCAACUGAUAUUUUCAUUUUAAUCAUGAGAAUUUUGGGGGAAUGGGUAGGUGGGAAAGAGAAACCAAGAUAAUCCUGUACUAAGGACUGGAAGUACUUAGUUCUUAUGGAAUCAAAUUUCUCACAAUGAUGCAUGCUAUUAUUUAAAUGUGGAGCUUACCUCCUAAGGCUGCAAAAGAUGGAAAAAAUUAUCUUAUAAUCAUGUGGACACCAAUCACAAAAGUAAAGUACUUGUAUUGUGUUUUUCAUAUCUUUUCUCAGCCCUAUCAGAUCCAAAUGUUAUUAUGCACUUUUUAAUGUUUGUAAACUUUUACUAAAAUUAGUGUGAAUUGCAUUCUGAUACAAUAAUAAUCAUCAUUAGAAGCUGACAAAAUCUUUCUUAAUACUGUUGAUGGCCUCUGCUGUGUUUUGACAUCAUGGUACUUAUUACAUGGACAUGUUCUGUGAGCUGUGUAAUCCCUCUGGUCAGUAUUGCAACAUCAUUUAUCAGUGGUAAUAAAUAAGGACUGGUAAUACACCAAUGGUUCAUGAAUGCCUGGACAAACAUCAGACAACAAGAAGCCCCUUUAUGAUAAAAGAGCCCAUUUUAUCUGUCCUCGAAGUCUUAGAUACAGUCCUGGAUGAAGUAGGUAGAGCAGCUAGCUCUUCAGCAGGCCAUCUAUGCAGACCUACCAGAAACUCAGUCCCACUCUGUAGUCUCAUACAGAUGAAAGAUAAGUAUGCCCACAUCUCCCUUCUCAGUACUUUCCAACUGACUGGGAUAAGAGCAUGGGUCUCAUGUAAUCCUCAAUCAGAUACGACUAGAAAAACAUGUUAAGGACAGUGUGGGUCUUGCAGAGAAUAGAAAGAGGAAGUAUAACAUUUUAGAGUACUUCCUUCUGUCUGACCCAUUAGGGGCCAGAAUGUCCAGUUAAAAUUGAAGAAUUUCAUCUAUUCAGGCCUAUGUUACAGGUGUGAAAAGAGUUGCAUGGGCCAUUUUAGACUAUUUCUGGUAGUUGACUGAAAGCAUAUAAUUGGUUUUUCAAAAUCCUCAUUUACUAUCCUCAUAGCUUUCUUGUGAAUCUAGGUAAACUUCUCAUUCUUAAAGUUGUGGAAUUCCAAACUGAUCUCAUGUGAUUUUGUAAAGUUUAGGAUCAGUGCUGAGAAUAUGUGGAGGUUUUAUAUUCUUAAGUGAUAUAUUAUUAUUAAUGCAUGUGGUGUCAUGCUUGUCUUUCAAUAUACAGUAGUGCUAAAUUGCAAAGUCAUAUGGAGCCUUUGAGUUAGUCUGACCUCCUACUGCUACUUUGUCUGCUUUAUGCAAACCCAGAGGCAUUCCUAACAUGGCAAGAUAAAAACAUAUACUUUCCAAGAAAUCUGCAUUCUACAAAUUUUGCUCCACAAAAGUUCACAGUACCUUCCAAAUUUUAUUCUAAUUUCCUUUAUUUGCAAGUCAAUACUGCACACAGAUCUGAAUUUUUAAGGAGACAAGGAAAAGGUCGGAAACCAAGGCAUCCAAAGCCUAUUAACCAAUAGACAUUGUGCUAUUAACUUUGCAGCACAUAUUCUCCCAUUUAAUUCUCAAACAAUUCUGUUAGAGAGGUAUCACUAUCCCAUCUCACAAGUCAGGAAAUUAGAGUUCAAUACAGUACAACUUUUACUGAGCUUAAAAUUCGAAUAUGAGUGAAUUAAGAUUUAAGUCCUUGUUGUCUGUCUCCAAGGAUCUUUCUACUGCACUUGCAGUAGAAAAAUUAGAGUAAUAAAAUUAAAGGCAAUUACAGAACCUAUUUAACUGGAAAGGAAUUAGGAAAUGAACUGAUCCACCCUCUACACUUUAGAGAAGGAAACUGCAUCCCCCAAAUAGGGGAAUUGUCUUGCCCAAGGUCACCUAAAUGGGUAUUGAUACAGAUAUUAUUAGAUCAUAGAAAGUGUACUUUUUUUUUUUAGAAAUUCAACUAUAAUUUAUAUUUUAUGGUAUACUUCCAAGAAUAUACUUUCCUGGCAUAUAAUCUGUAACUUCAGCAUAGUUUUGAUAUUUUUAUGUUCCAUGCUACUCAUUUUUUAAAAAUUAACUAGAAACCUGUAGCUUUUAGUGUUUGAACUGAUUUGCAACAAGUGUGAUCUUGUCAAAUUCAUACCUUUUUAUCAAUCAUAAGCAUCCUAUGCCAACAUAUUACCACAACUCCUUAUAAAUGUUUUUCUAACAGAUUACAGAUCACUCAGCCCCCAGUUUUCAGGCAACAAGCUCAGAGCUGCACACUGUAACUGCCCUACAUCAGAGUCUUACCCAGGCAUAGUGGCAAUGCACCAUUUUAUAGGAAGAAUGAUGUUUUACCAUAAAGGGUAAAGAAAUGUAACUGUGGAGCAAUUAAGCUUCUGAGUGAAAUCUGUAGUAAGGGGGAGAAAAAUGCACUAGUCAUCAAGGGAAAACAGAAAAGAAUUUAUGAUUUAUGUGUAGUUGGCCCGAAAUCAUUCUUUAAUUAGAAGGGUGGCAGUCUCUGAGGUCACUUGUGAGCUUGUAUGACUUCUGUAUUUAGCAAUGUUGCAUGCUCACAUAAUUGAUAUUAAAAGUAACACAUUUUUCUGAAA